UUGACAUAUGUGAACUGUGAGUGAAUAGCUGUACACACAUUACUUAGUUUCUAUGUAUAUAUAAAAUGGUGCUUUCAGCUUCUAAGCUCAGAGUCUGAAACUAGUUAUUGUUCACCCACAACUACAAAUUCCCUUUUCUCUCUCUGUCUCUCUCUACUUCCUUUUCUUGGUUUUACACUGUUAGAGAGAGGCUAUUGAGAAGAAGUAAAGGGAAAAAUCAAGAAUGGGAACUAUACCAGUUUCCAAGUCAUUAAGUUUGUUGGCUUUCUUGGUUUUGUGUUUGGGUUGUGAGCUGAUCCAGUGUACUGUAACAUAUGACAGAAAGGCAAUUUUGAUUAAUGGCCAAAGAAGAAUUCUUUUUUCUGGUUCCAUUCAUUAUCCAAGAAGCACUCCUGAUAUGUGGGAAGAUCUGAUACAAAAGGCAAAAGAUGGAGGAUUGGAUGUGAUUGAGACUUAUGUUUUCUGGAAUGUGCAUGAGCCUACUCAAGGAAAUUAUAAUUUUGAAGGGAGAUAUGAUCUGGUGAGGUUCAUAAAGUUAAUACAGAAAGCUGGUCUCUAUGCUCAUCUUCGCAUUGGACCUUAUGUUUGUGCAGAGUGGAAUUUUGGAGGUUUUCCUGUCUGGUUGAAGUAUGUCCCAGGCAUCAGCUUCAGAACAGACAAUGAGCCUUUCAAGAGAGCAAUGCAAGGGUUUACAGAGAAGAUUGUUGGGAUGAUGAAGAGUGAGCAUUUGUUUGAGUCUCAAGGUGGCCCCAUUAUACUCUCUCAGAUCGAGAAUGAGUAUGGGUCACAAAGUAAGUUACUUGGUGCUGCUGGUUAUAAUUAUAUGACUUGGGCAGCAAAUAUGGCUGUUCAAACAGGAACUGGAGUCCCCUGGGUAAUGUGCAAGGAAGAAGAUGCUCCAGAUCCAGUGAUAAACACAUGUAAUGGGUUUUACUGUGAUUCGUUCUCCCCCAACAAACCUUACAAGCCUACAAUUUGGACCGAGGCUUGGAGUGGAUGGUUCUCAGAGUUUGGUGGUCCAAUUCACCAGCGUCCAGUUCAGGAUUUGGCAUUUGCUGUUGCUCGAUUCAUACAGAAAGGAGGAUCAUUUGUUAAUUACUACAUGUACCAUGGUGGGACUAAUUUUGGUCGCAGUGCUGGAGGUCCCUUCAUUACUACGAGUUAUGAUUAUGAUGCUCCGAUUGAUGAAUAUGGUUUAAUCAGGCAACCAAAGCAUGGUCAUCUAAAGGAGCUCCAUAGGUCUAUUAAGAUGUGUGAGCGAGCUUUAGUAACAGCUGAUCCUAUUGUAACACAAUUAGGGAGUUACCAACAGGCUCAUGUGUACUCCUCAGAAUCGGGAGAUUGUGCAGCUUUUCUUGCAAACUAUGAUACAAAAUCUGCUGCAAGGAUUUUGUUCAAUAACAUGCACUAUAACUUGCCUCCUUGGUCCAUCAGUAUCCUUCCAGACUGCAGAAAUGUUGUCUUUAACACUGCAAAGGUUGGAGUCCAAACCUCUCAAAUGGAAAUGUUGCCAACAAAUGCUGAGAUGCUCUCAUGGGAGAGUUAUGAUGAGGAUAUUUCUUCUUUGUAUGAUAGCUCAACAUUCACAACUCUCGGUCUCUUGGAGCAGAUAAAUGUUACAAGGGAUGCCAGUGAUUACUUGUGGUACAUCACCAGUGUUGAUAUUGGUUCAUCUGAAUCCUUCCUUCAUGGGGGGGAGCUCCCGACUCUCAUUAUUGGAUCGGCAGGCCAUGCUGUCCAUGUCUUUGUGAAUGGACAACUUUCAGGUUCUGCAUUUGGGACAAGGAAGAAUAGGAGGUUUACAUAUACUGGGAAGGUCAAUUUGCGUGCUGGAAAAAACAAAAUUGCCUUACUAAGUGUAACUGUUGGAUUGCAGAAUGUGGGUGGACACUUUGAGACAUGGAACAUGGGAAUCCUUGGUCCAGUUGCACUGCAUGGACUUGACCAGGGAAAAUGGGACUUGUCCUGGCAAAAAUGGACAUACCAGGUUGGGCUGAAAGGAGAGGCCAUGAAUUUAGUUUCUCCAAAUAGUGUUUCUUCAGUCGGGUGGACUGAAGCAUCAUUAAUUGCACAAAAACCGCAGCCAUUGACAUGGCAUAAGGCCUAUUUCAAUGCACCUGAUGGAGAUGAGCCAUUGGCUUUGGACAUGGAGGGAAUGGGAAAGGGUCAGAUAUGGGUUAAUGGCCAGAGUAUAGGAAGAUACUGGACUGCAUAUGCCACUGGAAAUUGCAAUGGAUGCAGCUAUGCAGGAUCAUUUCGGCCUCCAAAGUGUCAAGUUGGUUGUGGCCAACCGACGCAGCGGUGGUAUCAUGUGCCUCGAUCAUGGUUAAAGCCAACCCAAAAUCUCUUAGUAGUUUUUGAGGAACUUGGAGGGAAUCCCUCAAGAAUUUCUCUUGUGAAGAGAGCAAUGACCAGUGUUUGUGCUGAGGUGGCAGAGUUUCACCCAACUAUUAAGAAUUGGCACAUUGAGAGCUAUGGAAGAGCAGAAGAGUUCCACAGCCCAAAAGUUCAUAUUCGGUGCAGUUUAGGUCAAUCCAUUUCUGCCAUCAAAUUUGCAAGCUUUGGAACUCCUUUAGGAACUUGUGGGAGUUACCAACAAGGACCGUGCCAUUCUCCUGCUUCAUAUGCUAUUGUAGAGAAGAAAUGUGUAGGAAAGCAGAGAUGUACUGUCACCAUAUCAAACAGUAACUUCGGACAAGACCCAUGUCCAAAUGUGUUGAAGCGAUUGUCGGUCGAAGCUGUCUGUGCUCCAACAAAUUGGAGAGGUUAAUUAUUGGGAAGAAAUCGAUAAACUGCUAAUUUUUAUUGCAUCCAGUAAUUUAACUAUACGGUGCCAGCAAGAGAAGGAAUAACAGGAAAGAUUACAAGGAAAGGUUUUUCUUAGUUAGACAGGUGAAAUUCCAUAGACUUCCAAAGUGAGGACAGGCUGUGGCCAAAGGUAUUUGGUGGUAAAGGUAAUUUUAAUAGUUCGAUUAGUGUAAAGUAGUGAUCGUUAGAUAGGUGAGUAUGGAAAAAUUCCUGGGUUCCUGCAAUUUGGGGCCUAAGGUGAAUUGGAAAACCCCAGUCCUCAGCCCUUUUAGUUGGAUGUGGACACUGGGGAGGAGUUUGCUACCUGAGUGAUUUGUUUUUUUAUUUUAUUGUUUGUAUUUAUGAGGUGAAAAUCAAACCCCAGUGAUCAUGUUAGGAGCGGAUCCUAGUAUGAUCAUUUUAUUUUAUGUGCAGUUUGAGGUUAAAUUCAAGGAGCUUUCAGUUAAUUGUCAUUAAAA